AUGGAAGAUAAUGUAUUUAAGACGCCGCAGCUGUUACCGAAAACACCAGCCAGAUCAGUUAAAAAGUCUGAGAAAAAGGCUAGCAUGGUGGAAAUGGAAUCGAACGAAUCUGAUACAAAUGAAGCUGAAUCUGAAGUAGUAGUUAAAAAGUCGAAACGAAAUCAAAAGGAACCUAAGAAUGAUUUAACAAGCCCCAAGGGUUUGAAACGGUUGCUUGCCACACCCAAAGUAAUGAAAGGUCCUAAGAACGAUUUGAGCGAUCCGAAGGGUGUUAAACAACUGCUAGCUACGCCUAAGGUAACAAAAGAACCUAAGAAUGAUUUGACCAGUCCAAAAGGUUUGAAAAAAUUGCUUAAGACACCAAAACCACAGAAGCAGCCUAAAAACGAUUUGUCUAAUCCCCAAGGAUUGAAACAGUUGUGGGCAACGCCUAAAAUUACCAAGGGUCCUAAAAAUGAUCUCUCUGAUGUGGAGGGAGUUGCUGAAUUAAUGGCAUCUCCUGAAGAAACCAAGCCUACACGCAAAUCAAAACGUGAUGUAGAAAAUGAUGAGGAUAUUGAAGAACAAGUUCAAUCGUCAAAGAAGGGUAGAUCUACACGAACAACCAGAAAGAAGGCUGCUGAAGUUGAUACACCUGCUACUGCAACAGCAGAUGAAGAAGUUUCCGCGAAAAAGAGCAAGCGUAGUCGCAGAAAUGCUAAAUCUGAAGAUGUUGCACCAGUAGAAGAAGUGGAAGAAACUCCAAAACAGAGCACACGAACGAGAAGGGGAGCUAAAAAUACUUCUGAAGCCAAGGAAACAACUAGCACUCGAAAACGUCGGGCGGAAUCUACCUCUGAAACUGAAUCUGUUGCAGACCCUGAGCCUGAACAGGAAGUAGUGACAGAAAGCAAGUCUACUACUCGUGGUCGUCGGGGUAAGGCUGCUCAGAAGGAAGUUGCCGAGACGGACACUGAACCGGAACCUGCUAAGAAAGUAAAAGCGACUACCAGAAGUCGUAGAGGUAAGGCAGUUGAAAUGGAAGUUGUGGAAAGUGAAAAUGAAUCUGAAACUGUAGAGGAAUCUGAACCUGUUAAAGCAGUUCCUGUUAGUGCAAAGGGUCGUAAGGGUAAAGGAAAAGCAUCGAAAGAUGACGAAACUAAAGAUGAAUCUGUUGAUGAACCGGAGCCUGUUAAAGAAGUGAAAACUACAAGAAGUAAAAGAGGUCAGAAAACAUCACCAUCCAUUGAGGAAACCAAAAACGAAUCUGAUGACGAUGGGCCGGAGCCUGCUAAAAAAGUGAAAACUACUGCUAGAAGUAAAAGGGGACAGAAAACAUCACCAUCCAUUGAAGAAACCAAAAACCAAUCUGAUGCAGAUGAGCCGGAGCCUGUGAAAGCAGUGAAAGCGACAACCAGAACUAGAAGGGGUCAGAAAACUCCAACAUCCGCAGAGGAAUCAGUUGAGGAGGUCAAAGCAACUAGCAGAAGUCGUCGGGGAAAAGCAGCCAACAAAAAAGAAGAAUCUACAGAAGAAGUGGAAGCAGUGUCAGAAAAUGAACCAGAGGUCGAGGUUAAAACAACCAGUCGACGUGGCCGUAAAGUUACUGCUAAAAAAGAUGUAGAUGAAGAAGAAUCCACGCCUGCAAAGGUUGUUAAGAAAACAACGAAAAGUCAGAAGAAAAAUAAGGAAGCAGAAGCUGAUACUUCAGCAGAAGUACAAGAGAAACCUGUGCGGGGCAGCCGGACUCGCAAAGCAACCGAAACAAAAGAAGAUGACGAGUCAUCAGUUGUCCCUGAAGAAUCUGCAAAGAAAACAAAAGCACCUCGACGUGGAAAACAGAAAAUCCCAGACGUAGUAAUAGAAGCAGCCACACCGGUCAAACGUCGUCGUGGAGCCAAAGCAGAAACCACUGAAGAAACAUCACCACAAGUUGAAGAAGAACCCACUAAGAAGUCAUCAACAAAACGAACAUCUCCCGCGGAAACAAAAGCAGCAACACCUGUGAAACGUAGUAAACGAGGCAAAGUUGAAUCAACACCAACUUCAGGAGAGGAAGAAGUUGUACAAAUUAAAACCAGACAAGUGAAGGGUGUCAAAACUACCACUGUUAAGGUGAGCAAGAAGGUAGGGUUUGCUGCUGAUAGUAAAACUAUGACACUGACCCCAGAACCACGAUAUUCUAAGCGCAGACUUAGAUCCGAAGACGAACUGAACACAUCUGAUUCAAUUCCAAUGAAGAAGGCGCGAGCUCGCAACUAA